UUGUUCAGAGUAAUUAUAACAAUAUUGUCUAUAUUUAUUUAUUUUUUAGUUUAUUUUACGUAACUUAUUUUCAGCAUAACCCUUUAUAAUUUAACAUAAAUAAAAUGCAUUGAAUUAACAAGAAAUCAAAUUCAAAAUGAAUAAUAUCUCCUCAAGUUCAGUUCUAUAUUUCAACCGAAUAAGACCAAAAAAAUAUUGCAGCCUGUUUAUCAGGAAUAUUAUAUCAACAUCUCGAAAGCAAUUAGAGGAAUGCUACAAAAUACUUAAUAUACCACCAGAUUCAAAGCAAGAUGUAGUUCGUAAUGCUUUUCUGGAACUAGCCAAGAAAUAUCAUCCAGAUUCAGGGUCUCCAGAAGCAAAUAUGGACAAAUUUGUAGCCAUAGAAAAUGCAUUCAGACUGCUGACUAAACAUAAUACUGGCAAUAUAGAGGAAGCUGAAAAAAUUGUCUAUGAUAUUAAGCAUACAGCACCCCAACAUCGUCAGUACUUAAGUUUCGAAGGUAUCGGCUAUGGUACUCCGUUCCAACGGCAGAAACAAUGGGCACAAGCCAAAGCACAAAGAGCAGCCACCAAUGUUAUGGAGCAUCGUGUUUCCAAAGCUGUCGCUUCUGAAAAUGCAUUAAUGCAAAAAGGCCAAUAUGCAAAGAAGCAUGAUAUUAAAACAAAGUAUGGCUUUGACAGACUUGUAGAAGAUUUGAUACAGGAGUCAAUGUCGAAAGGGGAAUUUGAGAAUUUAAGUGGCAAAGGAAAACCUUUGAAAGACCAAAAUAGAAAUCCUUAUGUGGACUUUACUACACAUAAAUUGAAUGAGGUGCUCAUUAAUAAUGGUUUCACCCCAGAAUGGAUAACAAUGGCCAAAGAAAUAGACCAAGAUAUAGAAGCGCUAAAAAUAGAGGUACAACGCGACAGGAUGACAUUAGGGCCAUAUCCCUUAAGUGUCACAGAGGAAAAUAAAUGGAAUCAACUGUGCGAUAGCAAUAGAAAUUUAGCAAAAUCUAUUAACACAAAAAUUAAUACAUACAAUUUAAUCGUUCCUUUAAUGAACAAGCAAAAAUUUCAUGUCGAAAUAGAGAGUAUUCUAGAAGAUGCCCUGAAGAAUGGUGUGGACAACACAAAUAGGCCUGCUGAAGAGAGAAAAGCUGAGCCUGUUGUGCAGACAGCCACUGUUAAUGAUGGUGAAGACUUGUUUAGUGUAUUCAUUAAGGCUUUAGGUGAAUUGCUGAAUUAUAAAAAAGAGAAGAAGCAGUGUUGACCAUAUUAAAUAUAAUAUAACAUGCGAAACUCCAAAUACCCACCUAAUGGUGAGGUUUUGUAUUUUUCAUACAUUUACAUUUUACUGCUAAGGUUAGACACAUACAGUGAAAUGUAUGUGGUUUUAACUGAAUGGAACAACAGUAUUGAUGCUUGGUAAUUGACAAUUUGUGGUUUUUAAAUUCCCAAUUUUCUGGAAAAAUAGACUUUAGUUGUAAACAAAAGGGAAAAGUCAAAAAUAUUUAAAUAGAAACAUGUCUGUGAUAAAUA